AUGGCCUACAUUUUCUCUUCGUUUUUACCAGACUUCGCUUCAUCUUCGCCCCAGAGCGAGAAGGAAAGAGGUCGUACGAUUUCCGUCGAUCUCAAUCGGUGGCGACAUCCCUUCGAGGAACGAUGCUUCCCAAGCCAGCCAACCAACUGUCCCAAGAGACCCAAAGACGACGACGAUAACCCUAUCAACCGCGAUGGGAAGCUUGGUCAUAUUGACCUCGAGGCUAUUAUUGCUGCUAGGGGCGGCCGGCUCUCUGCUGGGGAGGUGAUAACGACAAGCAAGGUCGUUCAAGACGAGAACGCUUCGAGGAGGAUGUCCAACUUCCACUUAUCAAGGGCACUAGAUCUUUCGCCUGCGAGACAGGAGCAAUGCCAGACGGGUUACCUCACCCCUUCGAUCAACCGCUCAAACUCGGGCUCGGAGUAUCGACCACGACAGCCUCCGAGGCUCGUUGUGGAAUUACCUAUCAAAUCGUUCACGAAUAAGCCCCGCAAGCUGAUCAAACCGCCCAAACCCAUUGAACACCCUCCAGACGCGGAUCCAACAACCCAGGACGACCUAUCUGACCUCGAAGAUGCCAACUGUCUUGUUUACCGCUCUGCUGACGACUUCUUGCCAGCCAUGGUAUCGACUCCGCCUCUAGGACAGAGCGAAAGCUUCAGCGAAUCGGAGAGCGAUGACAGCCCGUCAAGCCCGAUUUCGGUCUCGUCGGAUUUAGGAUCGCCUAUUCUCGAAGCUUUUUCGACUUUCGGGGACUACUUCUCUCUUUCUCCUACCUCGAUGCGUUGCUCAAGUCGCGACAGCAACGCAAAGUUUUCUCCUGGCAAAAUUAAGCUCCUUCCGCCGUCCGGCUGGCCGUCUAGCUGGUUGGAAGGUAUCACUGAGAGCGUGGCCCGUCUGCCUGCAGAGUUGGCCUCGUUCAGAGCAGAGUACAUAGAUGUUGAGGAUAGUAUGGCUUAA